AUGGACACACUCGAAACUGUAAAGAUUGCAGAACAGGAAGCAUUCACCAAAAGUGUCUCACAGCAAAAUCUGUUGCCUGUGGAUGAAGAGGAUUCUGCUCAUGACAAAGCAGUUGACAAGAAAAGAAAGCAAAGGCUCAUCUCUAUUCUUUUUAUAGCUGCCAUAACUACAGUCCUUCUAGUGCUGGCUACAACUAUUCCAUUCUUACUUGCAUCUAAGAGUUCAAACAAUGAGACAUCAGAUGGUGUUGGCACAAGCAAAGCCACUGGAAAUGAAUUGAAGUGUGAACCGUUUCUACAUACUAUGGAAGAUGGUCAUGUGGUUUGUAAUGGAGAGGCUAUCAAUUCAAGCUGCUGGACUGUGUGCAUUCAGGGAUUUGAAAAGGAAAAUGAGACGAUUGGCAGUUUUGAAUGUCAGGAAGGUGGAGAAUGGAGUGCUUGUUUUAGUGGUGAUAUUUGUACCAUAUGCAACAAAGUAAAUGGCUCCUGUGUCCAACAACCAAACAACCUGCAAUCCAUUUGUCUUUGUAACCUGGGUUUUGCUGGUAAUGGUAAAUACUGUGAGGAAGAUUCUGACUUGGACGGUCUCCCUGAUGUCCAGUUACCUUGCCGAUUAAAGGAUUGCAAGAUUGACAACUGUCCUUUCAUUCCCAACAGUGGACAAGAAAACAAUGAUGGAGAUAAUCUUGGUGAUGUUUGUGAUAUUGAUGAUGACAAUGACAACAUCACAGAUACCAAGGAUAACUGUCAGUUUGAGGCCAAUCCAAAUCAAGAAGACAAAGACAGUGAUGGUGUGGGGGAUACAUGUGACAACUGCAUUCAUAUUCCCAAUCUAGACCAGACAGACAGUGAUGGAGAUGGAACUGGUGAUGCUUGUGAAAGCAGUGAUUUAGACAAUGAUGGUGUAGAAGAUGGGGACAACUGCCCUCUUGUGCCAAACCCAAACCAGGGAGACAAUGAUACAGAUACUGUGGGUGAUGCAUGCGAUAACUGCAUCAAUGUGUACAAUAUUUAUCAGACUGACACUGAUGAGAAUCUGAUUGGUGAUGCAUGUGAGGACAAGUCAGAUGCAGAUCAAGAUGGCAUAAGUGAUAGUGUGGACAACUGUAAAGACAUUCCCAAUGGGGAUCAGCUUGAUAGUGACAGUGAUGAACUUGGAGAUGAAUGUGAUAAGGAUAAAGAUGGGGAUGGUGUUUUGAAUAUAAAUGACAACUGCCCUCUCAUGCCUAAUAAAGAUCAGGCUGACAGUGAUGGUGACAAUAUUGGUGAUGUAUGUGUUCUUGACACGGAUGGCGACUCUAUUCCUGAUAGCCAGGAUGAUUAUCCAGUCAACAAGUUUUUAAACAAGACAGACUUCAGUUUGUAUCAGGAAGUGAAUUUAGAUGGUGUGGGAAAAGUUCAGAAACCUCCAAAGUGGAUGGUUUAUGACAAUGGACGAGAAAUCGUUCAAACUGUUAAUGGGAAUCCUGGCAUUUUGAUAAGUUUCACAAGAUUUGGACAUGUAGAUUACAGUGGAACUUUUUUCAUAUCUGACAAGGAUGAUGAUGACAUUGCUGGCUUAGUGUUUGGCUAUCAAAGUAAUAGGCAUUUCUAUGUAUGCUCUUGGAAGAGAAAGACCCAAUCCUACAAUUUACAAGCAAAUUUGACAUAUCCAAGAUCUGUUGCAAGAAGAGGCAUUAAUCUUAUGGUGGUUGACUCUAGUACAGGACCUGGUGAGAACCUUCGUGAUGCUUUGUGGGAGACUGGGAACACUAUGAAUCAAACUCACCUUCUGUGGCAUGACGAUGGUCCACAGUGGAUUGCAGGAGUGGCAUAUCAUUGGAGACUACUGCAUGACCCAGACUCUGGAAGAAUCCGUGUGCGUUGGUACAGGGGAGGAAAGCUGUUAUCAGACUCAGGGAACAUAAUAAACAAACGUUACCAAGGUGGCCGUCUAGGGAUGUACGUCUUUUCACAAGAAGGAGUGCACUAUUCAAAGUUAUAUGCAGGAUCACCGAAGAUAAGUAACUUUGCCAUGAGCUUCAAUGGCAGUAUUGGUGGUAAUGUAGAUUUAGGAGUGAUCAGUAAUCUACUUGGAGGCUCAAAAUCUGGAAGCAUUACUGUAGCUGCCUGGGUAUGGAUACCAGGUCCAAAUGGAAAGGUCACUUGUGCUCUGCCUCCAAUCAACUUUGGUUCCAGUCACCCUGAUUUGGGGUUUCUUACACAGUCAUCAGAUGAUGAGAGGAACUGGGUAUUAAGAAAAUUAAAAACCCCAACUCCAAAGACUGGUCCUUCUGCUGACCACACAGGCUCAGGGUAUUAUGCUUUUUUGGAGACAUCAGGGAUACCCAUCGGCAGUAGGGCCUCUUUGGAAACCCCCUGGUUUGCUGCAGGUGAUGGGUGUAACACGACUUUUUUCUAUCAUAUGAAUGAUCGCAGUAACAAAACGGAAAUGGGGAGCCUUGCUGUGGAGGUUAAAACAGUGGAUCAGACUUGGUUCAUGGUGUUUAGGAAGGCAGGAGAUCAAGGCAACAUUUGGCAUCGGGGAACCAUUGAUCUUUCAGCAUACAAAGGACUUGUGGCUGUGCGAUUUACCGCAACCAAAGGAAAAUCUUAUAGGAGUGAUGUUGCCUUGGAUGACAUUGUGUUUAGUGCAAAAUGUGGCUCUGCACAGGCCUGUAUCAAUAAUCCAGAUACAAAUCCUAUAUUUGGCUCUAAAGAGGGAAGGUCAGGAGUACAAUUGUCAGUGGGCAACACCGGCAUGUUGGGCAACCUAUCUUUUGCAUACAACACCUGGACACAUGUGGCUUUUCAGUACAACAAUCAAACUAAACAGCAGACUCUUUAUGUGAGUGGCAGAGUGGCCCAACAGAAAAGCAGUGUGUCAUCCCUUUUUGUAUCAACAAACCUCCUCUUGGGACAGAAUGGCUUCAAUCACACGGAAGGGCAGAUGGAUGAGGUCCAGAUUUGGAACACUGCUGUAAAUGUAUCAUCUACUUUUGACAAGUACUUGAAAGGCACUGAAGAAGGACUGGUUAGAUAUUUCAAGUGUAAUGAAGGGGAAGGGAAGCUGUUAAAGGACAGUUCUGCAUCAAAGAAGCAUGUUAUUCUUCAGGGAACAAACUGGCUUUCCUCAUCAUUGGAGCUUAACAAGAACUAGAUGCAGCCACUCUGAAAUAUGUUUGAUACAGGAAAAUUCUAUAAGUUUAAAGGACCUAGGCAGGACUAGACUUGCUUAAGCUAGAAUCACCCCAGCCUGGCUUUCCACAUCAUUGGAGCUUAUCAAGAACCGGUUGUACCCACUGAGAUAUUUUUGACGCACAACAAUUUUGCACAUCACAAAAAUCUUAGGCUGGACUUGAGUUGCUCAAACUAGAAUUUACCUCCCAAGAUGGCUUUCCACAUCAUUGGAGCUCAACAAGAACUACAUGAAGAUGUACAUGUAUCCACUACGAUUUAUUAUUGAUACACAAUUAUUCCAUGAGCUACAAAGAUGUUAAAUAGGACUCGAUAUGCUUAAAACUAGUAAGUUUCAAUCCCUGGGAACAUUUAAGUAAAUAAUAGAACAUACAGACACUAACUAAACAAGUGUCACUACAUAGAUGUACAAUAUUGAAUACAUUUGAUCUAAUGUGAUUCUCUGCUCAUGAUGGGGCCACCAACUUGACCUCAAUCAUUAAUUUAGCAGUACCACCUGUAUUGUAUUUUUUACAGAUAUUAUUCAUAUGCAUUGGCCUCAGUGAAGAGCAGCUUUUGGUUCUUUAGAGUAUACACACAAGACAAGCACCAGUAUCAUACGUACAAAAUAUCACAGAACUGUUACUAAAGCAUGAAAUAAAUGAACACAGGAAUGCAUCUCUGCAUUUCAAAGUUUUUAA